UUUCUAUUAAAAAGAAUAGUAUAUUCCAGGAUAUUUGAGACAGUUAUUUUGCCCUUUUACAAAUCUAGGUCAAUUUCAAUCUGAUUGAUGAACGAUUGCCGACCUGCCUUUUCUUUUUCAUUUUCCAAAGUUUUAAGAAGUGACGAGCGAGUUUAACUUCUGGUGUAUUUUUCGUUCCCGAAAAUGAAGUUCCGGAAUCUGUACGCUAUGAACUUUUUGCAGUAUUCAGCUUUUCGGGUCAUACAACUUGAAACCAGCAGCCACCUAGAGAAGAACAUAGAAAGAAUCCCAUCUGCCAAAACAGGACCCUACCAAGACCACCGACUCUUUAUUAAACUUCUUGGGCCCAAACUCUCGACCCGACUAGCGUUCGCCAGCCUGGCGUCGUUUACGCCUAGCGAACGAGACCCAAUUCUUGAGGCACUGCCUUGGUAUACCGACCUCUGCGCACACCUCAUCGAUUUCCUCCGCCUCGCUUUCUGCUCGCUUAAAUCUCCUGUGGCCCGCGGGCCCCUCCUCCCGGAUCUGAGGUUCAUGAGAGGGCAGAUCGAGGAUUUCGGGCUCUGGGGCCCGGCGGGCCGGGUUUUGCUGUGGGGCCCGGGCCCGAAGUUGACCUCCACCCUCUUGUGGAAGUUGAGGUGGCAGCCACAGGUGGCACACUUUUUGAAGCUUGGGCUCCCGUUCGGGCCGCCAGGCUGGAAAAGGGCACACCCGUCGAGAAUGUAUUCUCCGAGGGCUGCCGCGUGGUUGUGCACGCACUCCCGGUGCAUGAUGGCCACAAGUUCAAGCCGUGAACCGUUGGCACUGUUGCCUCCGCUUUUUUUGCAGCCUCUCAUGAUAAGUCACCUUUGCAUGCAGAAUGUAUUUGCAGCGAAUAUGCUAGUGUCUCCUAGCGUCAUCCUCAGUACUUGUGAUGAUCAUGGCAUGGAGCCCAUCAGCAAAUUCCCGUGCAAAAUUAAUUCUUGUAAAACGGACAACAUCUUCAACUCUGGUCUGAUAAUACCCUUGAAUGAUAUCCCUGAAGUAUUUAGCUUCGAAUCAUGA